AUUUUCCACAUUCCGUAGCUCAAAUUAACGAUUUUGAUAAUUAUGCAGAACCAUUGAGUAGACUCAUUCUGUCUGAACAUUAACUUUGCGCCUGUAUGUUUACCAUCCACACUGUGAAAAAAUAGGGCUCUCUUCUUAUUUAUUUACUUGUGUUCUUUGAGUGUUUGUCUGAGACUGAAAUCUAGUACACAUUUAAUUGUCAAGGUUCCCAAUUAUUAGUCUAAGAGAAUCACGUUUCCAAGUCAAAUACUUUGCUUUUACUUUAAUAACAGUCAGAUGUGUUGAAACUAAACUCAGCAGGAAUGAGGAAGCUGCUUCACAGACUCACAGACACACCUGUUUUACACACGUCACUCAAACACAGAACCAGGAAACAGAAUCACGUGACUUCAGGGAAAGAGAAACUGAAGUGUAGUUGAGCUGUUGUGUGUUUGUGUCUCUGUGUUCAUGCAGUAAAAUGGCAGAAGCCAGAAUUUCUCAGGAUGAGUUCAUGUGUCCAGUGUGUCUGGAUCUCCUGAAGGAUCCAGUGACCGUUCCCUGUGGACACAGUUACUGUAAGAUCUGUAUUACAGGCUGCUGGGAUCAGGAGGAUCAGAAGAGAGUCUACAGCUGUCCUCAGUGCAGACAGACCUUCAGUCCAAGACCUGCUUUAGCUAGAAACACUAUCUUGGCUGAAAUGGUGGAGAAACUGAAGAAGACCAGACUCUCUGCUGACUGUGAGGCUGGAGCUGGAGAUGUGCAGUGUGACGUCUGUACUGGAAGAAAAUACAGAGCCGUCAAGUCCUGUCUGGUGUGUCUGAACUCUUACUGUCAAACUCAUUUUGAGCGGCACGAGGAGUUUCAUUCACGGAAACCACACAAAGUGACUGAAGUCACUGGACGACUGCAGGAGAUGAUCUGCCAGAAACAUGAGAAGAUCCUCGAGGUUUUCUGUCGCACUGAUCAGAAGUGUAUAUGUGUGCUGUGUACGAUUAUUGAACAUAAAAACCAUGACAUUGUACCAGCUGCAGACCAGAGGACAGAGACACAGAAGCAGCUGAAGGAGACACAGAAGACGCUCCAGCAGAGAAUCCAGCAGAGAGAGAAAGAUCUCCAGCAGCUGAGAGAGACUGUGGAGUCUCAUAAGCGCUCUGCACAGACAGCAGUGGAGGACAGUGAGAGGAUCUUUACUGAGCUCAUCCGCUCCAUUGAGAGAAGCCGCUCUGAGCUGAUACGACUGAUCAGAGAUCAGGAAAAGACUGCAGUGAGUCGAGCUGAAGAACGACUGGAGCGACUGGAGCAGGAGAUCAAUGAUCUGAGGAGGAGAGACGCUGAGCUGGAGCAGCUUUCACACACACAGGAUCACAUCCAGUUCCUGCAGAGUUUCCAGUCUCUCUCAGCUCCUCCUGAAUCUACAGACGUAAAUGAUGAUCUCUUCAGUUCUCUCUUCUCUUCUGAUGAUCUGAGAGAAUCUGUCCAUCAGCUGAGAGACAAACUGGAGGAUUUCUGUAAAGAGCAGCUCCAGAAGAUCUCAGACAGAGGUAAAGUCCUGGAGAUUCAUCUGCUCUCAGAAACCAGUCCCAGGAAGGACUUCCUACAAUAUUCCCAUCAGUUCACUCUGGAUCUGAACACAGCACAUAAACACCUCCGUCUGUCUGAGAACAACAGAGUGAUUACAUACACUGGAACACUCCAGCCGUAUCCUGAUCAUCCAGACAGAUUUGAUGUGUGGUGUCAGGUGUUGUGUAGAGAGAGUGUGUGUGGACGCUGUUACUGGGAGAUUGAGUGGAGUGGAGAUGAUGGUGUGUAUAUAUCAGUGUCAUAUAAGAGCAUCAGCAGGAAGGGAACGGGUUAUGAGUGUUUGUUUGGAUAUAAUGAUCAGUCCUGGAGUUUGUGCUGCUCUUCCUCCAGAUACUUUUUCAUACACAAUAACAUAGUGACAGUUCUCCCUGUGAAGCCCAUCAUCAGGAGAAUAGGAGUGUUUGUGGAUCACGGAGCAGGAACUCUGUCCUUCUACAGCGUCUCUGACACAAUGAGCCUCAUCCACACAGUCCAGACCACAUUCACUCAGACGCUCUAUCCUGGGUUUAGUGUUAGUAGAGGAUCAUCAGUGAAACUGUGUUGAUGAAUCAGAAUAGAUAUUAUUAUCAUAAUGGACUUUCAAUUCAAAAGAUCUCACAGUGAAUAAAUAAAUGUCAUUAUUAACCUCA